AUGGAGGAUGCUCCGUAUGACUAUAAAAUUUUGACCAGACCUCGCGAAACACAAGCGAAUUCGAUAAGUACUCAUUCUGCUGGACAGGAAACGAAGCUAUCGGAAAUUCACAAGACUUUCGAAGCUGAACUCCAAGCUUAUGAAGACCUAAAGAUUCGUGAGGAAACUUCAGAGGAUUGGAUUUUCGAUGCAAACAGUGGAUACUUUUACAGCAGAUCUGCACAAACAUAUGCACUGUGGGACAGCCAGAAUCAAGAAUGGAUGUACUUUGAUAGUAAUUCUGCAUAUGACCCGGAGCAGAGCAAAACCGAUGAAUCAAUGUCUAUUCCAAAUAAAGAGCAUGGCUCUGAAGAAGCCACAGAUGGUACACGCGAGGAAGGGCAGUUAUCUGAUUCGGAGACAUGCGGGGUAACUUCUUUACCGGCAAUUGAUAACAUUACUAACGAACCUGAUCAAAAAUACAAAAAUAUAUCUGAUGUUGAUUCGGUUUCACACCACGUUGGCCAACUCGAAGAACAAAAUACACGUAUUUUUUCACCUCCACAAGGUUAUGUCAAAACUUCAGAAGCACAAUAUUUUUUCCAUCCAGAAAGCAAUAUAUGGUUCGAUGUGUAUUCUGGUAUUUAUUCAGCAUAUGACGAAUCUACUCAGACUUAUACUCCUGUCGAUCCAUCAUCUAUCGUUUAUACAUCUCCUGUUAGUAAUGAAGAUUCUGCAAUAGAUCAGGGUGAGCCUGGUAGCGAUGCAACUCUCAGGUUAGUGGUUAUGGAAUCUGGGAUUCUCAAAUCUGGCCAUUUAGUACUAGUUGAUGCAAACGGAAUUUCGAUGGGAAGAGAUAGAUGGGAUGAUCGACGGCUUCGUUUGGCUGAAAUGCCCACUUCAAAACAUCAUUGUCAAAUAUAUUGUUCUUCAUCAGCUGCUACUGAUGCCAAAUCCGACGACGAUGAUAUGUCAGCUGUCACAACCUUGGAUACAUUUUUUAUUGUUGACAAUGGAUCACAAAAUGGUACAUUUGUUAAUUCAAAACGAUUGUCAGAAAGUAAGAUGAGUUCUAAACCUCAUCAAUUAUGUCAUUUGGAUGAGUUGGUGGUUGGGAGCACCAAGUUUCAGGUACACUUGCAUAAACAAUGGACCUGUGAUGUUUGUACUGUAACUGAAGGAAAAAUGAUUGACAUAUCACAAAAGUUUGAUGGGAAUGCUAGUCAUAAUAAAAUUAAACAAAAAGGUUCAGAAGGAGAUAUAGGGUUCGAUGGCAUUAAUAAUAAUAAUAAUGCAACACAAAAAGAACUUUUGGAAUUUCAACGCCGUGAAGAGUUAAAUCGAUUGAAACGAAAAUACAUGGGUCAACCAAAUGUUAAACAUAAACAUACAAAAUAUGUCGAUCGGGCAGCAAUAAGAAGAGAGAUUCAUCCUGAUAAUAGUCCGAUAAGAAAAGAUUGGGAAGAUGUUUCUGGUACAAAUUCUGAAAUAGAGAUAAAUGUGCAGACCAAGAUUGGGUCUGAAAAUAGGGGCAAUAAGCUUUUACAAAAAAUGGGGUGGAAGGAAGGACAAGGUUUAGGAUGUAAUGGUACAGGAAUCUUGGACCCCGUACAGCUUGUGAAUAACGAAGGAACUAGAGGACUUGGUGCUAGUACUGUAAAAAAUUCAUCCGAAACUCUUCAGGAAGCAACUCGGCGGUAG